AUGUCCCAGAACGGCCCAGCGCUGUUCUUCUCCCUUCUCUUUGUCUGCGGCGGCCGCCCGCCCGUUGGCCACACCAACCCUCGCCGUGGCGCAAUCCUGGCGAAAUCUCCAUGGACUUUAUGGCCGGCACAAAGACGCAGGGCCCCGCUGUCCACCCGCGGCCCCAUCAGGACUAGCCCCGUCUGCGAGCCGCCCGCGGCGCUAGGCCUCUCUGGACAGUACCUCGCCAUCAUCACCAUCUGGCGACUCUUCCCCCUCGCAAAUAACUCGUUAACUCCACCACUUGCUUGGUCGCAGUCCUGCUCAAACCCGAAUCCCUUGCCCAGUUCCACCAGCUGCUUCUUUUUUGAUCAUGCAGCUGUUUCUGCAGCUCUGGUCGGGUCAGGCCCGGUUCCUGGUAAUCAACACCCUGGUCAACCAAGCUCAACCCUCUCAAGCUCACCUCUCUCGUCUUUAUUUAUAACAAAUCAACGCCUCCUCCCUGUUCGCACGGCUGUCUAUUUCUCUCCAUAACCUACUUUUCUGCUUGCCAACUCGUGGUAGCUUUCUAGAUCUACAGGCACUUACAUCUCAAAAGACAGGCAUCUUCUUCGCCCCCGCCAGCCUUGUCUCCCCUGACUCGCCCUUUUCUACGCCUCUCUCCCCUCUCUCCUCUUUUCCUCUUCCUUCGCUUCUCGCCUCUCCACCGCAGCCUCGUGCCACUGUCCAUCUGCCGAGGCUCAGCGGCGUUCUAGGCCUAUCUCGUCUUCUCAAGGGGUGCUUUGAUUGUCACUUUAUACGGGGUAUAAGAUAACUCGUCCGGACGGCAUCCACCGUUAUCCGCCGGCGGAGUUCCACAGAGAUUAGGUUGAGUUUUAGGGAGGUACGUGUAAUUCAAUGCAUUGGUAAUCCCUG